UUAUUGACCAGGGACUACUCUAUCACCACUGUCAGCAAAGAUGACAACGGAAAGACAAUGAAUUGUUUGAGGUGUACGUCGUGGACUGACCCGCGAUGCGCUCCUGUUCCCUUGCCUCACACUGACCCUUAUUUACCUUCUCGCUUUAACGACACUGGCAAGAGACGCUGCCUUCCCUUCACAAGAAGCGUUGCAGAGGUGCAGGUUAACAAGAUGGGCAAGAGUGUGUUAGAACAAGUCAACAUGAACACAGCCUACCUAGACUUGUCCCAAAUCUACGGCAGCAACAAGUGCAGGGGCGACGAACUUCGUCUGCAUUCUGGUGGUAUGCUUAAGAGUAGUUAUUCAAGUAGGCUGACUCUCAGGCCAGCAAAUCAGUUUCCUGACUGCCGAUCUGAAAAUGGCAUGUGCUUCUUCUCUGGCGAUGACAGAGCAAAUGAGAACCCAGGAUUGACAGUGUUGCACUUUGUGUUUCAUCGGGAACACAACCGCCUGAGCAAGUCUUUACGCAAGAUGAACCCUCACUGGAGUGACGAGAGGCUUUAUCAAGUAAUUAAACGUGUUAUUGGGUCAAAAUGGGAAGCGGACGACUAA